UUCACGCCGAGUCCACGCAUGAAUUCACCGCGUGAUUUAUUGUGGCGCUGGCUAUGAAGAGGAAGAAAAGCCGCUCUUAGUACUGUUGUUGUUAAUUUUUACGCCAUUUAUUAAAGUAUUUCAAUUAAAUAAAAAAGAAGUAGUUAAUAUAUAAAAUAACAAUUUAAAAAAUGUCUCAUCAUCCGAGUGCUUACACAAAUCAUCAUUUGCCAAAUGUUGAUCAUUGCGCUCUUUACAUGAACGAAAACAAUGGUCAUCAACCAUAUUUAAUACAAAAUCCUCCUGUAAAUAUAAAUAUGCCAACGACGCCAACAGUCAUGUUACCAAAUGCUGUUCCACAAACGCAUCCAGCAUCAAAUCCUACAAUACAUCAGCCACAACAUAACAUUCAUCAACCACCUCAAGGUCAUCAGUAUGUAAUGGGUUAUCCUCCUAGUCCCAUGAUGAUGUCGGCGAAUAUACAAUUUCAUCCAUCGGGGCAGUAUUCACCUUAUUAUCCCCCAUCACUGUACGGAAGUCCACAAAAUGUUUCAAUAAAAAAUGUCAUUAAUCCAAUACCUGGUGUUCAUCAGACUCAGCAUUUUCAUCAACCAGGGUUAAUGGUUUCCUCACCACCAGACGUAACACGAUCAUCUAUAAACCAAAUAAAAACGCAACAAAGUAAAAUAAAAAGACCUAACGCUCUGACAAAUAUAGUUGAUCCAAAAACCGGGCGGAAUGUUGCAGAAGAUAUUUACCGGCAUGCAAAUGAAGAAAAUACCGAUAAAAUUCCAAAUCCACAGGAUUUACAAAUAGCUGCUGAUUUUGCAUCUCGCGUUGCUAGAGUCGCAACAUCAUCACCAGAACCUCGAACGACUACAACUCUUCCUGUUUCAAGUUCACAAAGUAAUUCAUUGAACAAUCAUCCGAAAACUUGUUCACCUAAAAAUUCUCAACAUGCAUCUCAAUUAAGCCAACCGCAAUAUACAAUCUCAUCAGAUAGUUUUCAAACUACUGUUACUCAGAGUCAUCCAUCUACUCUUGCUCAAAAUACCUCAUAUCAAUGCAGUAAUUUGCAAAAUAAUCAGCUUAAUAUUUCUACAAAUAGUAAUCGACAUGCAGUAUCACCACCUAAUUAUUCACAAAAUAUUAACACAAAUAGUCAACCUCAUGGGAGUACUACUGCAAGUACUCAAUAUCAUGUUUUAUCCAUUGACCACCAACAAAUACCCGUAACAACUAAUUGUCAUAGCGGCGUUCCACCCAGUAAAUAUCAACAGCCUAAUUAUACUAGUAGUCAACAACAUAUUUCAUCUGUCAGUCACCAGCCAAUUAUUAUUGUAAGUAAUAGUAAUCAACAAAAUGCUCCACAAGUUCACUAUCAGCAAACUACUGGCAUAAAUUAUCAACAAAGUAAUUUACCAUCAAGUAAUGAAGCUGUUAUUUCAACUAGUCAACAUGGAAUUUCAUCAGUUAAUUACCAACCGAUUAUCGCAAUGUCUAGUCAUAAUUAUUGUGUUGCAUCUAGUAAUUAUCAACCACCUAUUUCUACAAAUAGUGAACAACGUAAUUUCUCAUCAACUAAUGAACAACUUAUUUAUACAAAUACUAACCAUCAAAUCAGUACAAGUAGUAAUCAAAAUCAUCCAUCACCAAGUAAUCAACAGCAAUCUAAUUACAAUUCGAUGUCUAGACAGUAUCAUCUUCCACCAAAUAAAAGCCAGCAAACUAUGACUACCAGCUCUCAUCAAAAUGUUAUUUCUCACAGUAAUCAACAUAAUACUAAUCUUCAAUCCCAGAUUAUUCCUGCACAAAACAGAUAUCAACAUAAUAUUUCACAAGAUAAUUGUCAAUCAGUUACUGCCUCACAAAUUACGUCAACAAAUUAUCAGCACAACACUCCAUUAAAUAUUUCUCAAAGUAACGUUCCACCAGAAAAUUUUCAACUCAUUCCUUUACAAAAUAAUUUUCAAGUUAAUAUGCAACAGAAUAAUCAUUUACAAAAUUAUCACGGACGUUCAAUUAUACCGAAUAGUUAUCCAAAUAUUAAUUCUCAAAAUAGCAACAAAAAUUCUAAUACUCAAAGAAAUUAUCAGAAUACAUCAUUAAUGUAUCAUAAUCAAAACAAACGAAGUGGAAGUUAUAAUAAACUGCCAAACAAUUCCAAUCGAAAAAUACAUACAGGAAGAGAUGCUAAUAUCGGGCAACCACCAGCGCCAGUGAGUUCACCGGCCACAACUACGACUAUAUUAAAACAUACUGCAAUACCUGAAGUAGAAACAAAAUCUGAUAGUAAAGAAGAGUCUAAACUCCAUCCGGCUGGCAGAGAAGAUAUUAAACAUCAACAUACUCAUUCCAACAUUGUUCCUGUGAUUAUUCCACAUCCUCCUAGACCUUUUUAUUCAAACAUGUUACAAUAUGGUCCACCACUACAACAACCAAGACUUGAUUAUUGUCACCAAUAUCAUCCAAGAUAUCAACGUCCAUCAAAUUAUCCAAUGCGUCAUCCAAUUAUCCGAGAGCCAUCACAUUCCAGGAAUUCGGGAGGUAUUUCUAAAGAGUUACAUACGCAACCAAAUAUUCCUAUUGUAAAGUCAACUAGCCCGUCUACGGUGGAUUCAACAAUAAAUCAAAAAGCUAUUACAUGCAAAAUUUCUUCAGAAAAACCAGUAAAUCGUCUAGCCAAGCCCGGAGGUGAAAAUGAUAAGCAGACUUCAUCAUCGAGUUUAUCAAUUGUUUCAAAAGUUGAAAAUAUUUCAGAGACUACAGCCAAUUUAGAAUUACCCAACAAAUUAUCCCAUGAAGUUGAUCAGCUAAAAGAUUCAGAAAAAUAUACAACUAUUUCUGAAUCACCUAAACAAUUAUCGCAGUGUUCAGAUAAUAAACAACAAUCACGGAAAACUUCACCAGUUAAUAUACCUGCAGUUACUACGAAACCUUCUAUAGAAUUAGAGGAAUCAAAAUCUUCUGUCAAAUCAGUGACGGAAUCAAAUUCUGUUAUUGAAUCAAAAAAAGAAUCAAAAUCUGUUGUUAAUUCAGAAAAGGAGUCAAAAUCUGUUGUUAAUUCAGAGACAGAAUCAAAAUCUUCUGUUAAAUCAAAAAAGGAGUCAAAAUCCUCUGUUAAAUCAGAGAAGGAAUCAAAAUCUUUUGCUAAAUCCAAAAAGGAAUCAAAAUCUUCUGUAAAAUCAAAGAAGGAAUUGGAAACUAGUAAACAAAGAAAACAACCAGAACAAACAUCACAGAAAACGCCUGUCACUGAUGUUCCUAUAUUUUCACAACCAGGAAAAAAUGAGAAAAAAAAAAAGAAAACAGUACCAUCAGCAGUUGUUGAAAUUUCGACAGGACUCGCAGCCGUUAAAGCAAUUACAGAUUGUGCGAAAUCAUAUAAGAAAUCGUUAGAAAAUCCACACCACAAGCGUCAAACUUUAAUUAAAUAUAAACAAGAAAAAUUGAGUUCCGAAAAUAUUUCUACUCCUCAAUCUUCUUGUGAUACGCCUGCAAUUGAAAGUAAUAAAGAUGUUAAUGAUAAUGUUUUAGAAAAUAAAUCUAUAAUUAUAGAAUCUCCUAUUGUACCAUCAGUAACUCAACAAGAGAAUGAGUCGAACAACCAAAAGUCAAAAAUUUCAGUACCAAGUACUUGUGAUUUAAUAAAAUCUCGUACUUCAAAAAUUGCUGUCAUUCAAAAUAAUUCUGAGCAUAUUAAGAAAGAUUUAGAUGAAAGUAGAAAAUCAACAUCGUCGCAGGGAAAAUCAGAUGAACAAGUAGAGAAUACUCCUACAAAAGUGCUUUAUUCUUCAGUUUUAUCAGGCCUUAAAUUGAAAAAUAAAUCUCCACUGCUACUUGAUUAUUCGAGAGAUAAAACAGCCCAAAACAAGAUCUGUUCACCAAAUGAGAAAUCAUCAAAAUCUUCACAACUUCCGAGUGAUUUGAAUCAGCAACAACAAUCGCCUUCUCAACAGAAUGCUGAAGAAAAACUUGGUACAGUAAAAAAUAAAAAUGAAGAAAAAAAUGAAAAUAAACACCAAGAUUGGGAUGAAAAUCAAAAUUGUGUCAAUAAAAAUACAAUUUCGAAUAUGGAUAUAUCUUCGACUGAAUCGAAUCAAUCAGAAUUACAUCAACAAUCAUCAUUAAUCAUUUCAAAAGUGUCUCCAAGUAAAAAUCAUGAACUACUUUUAGAUGAAAAUCAAAAAGUCACUUUAAAUAAUAAUCAAGAAGUAAUUUCAGAUAAUGAUCAAAAAGUAAAUUCCGAUAAUCCUCAACAAGAACCUUUAGAUAAUACUUAUCAAGUAACUUCAGAUAAUACUAAAAAAGUACUUUUAGACAAUAAUCUAGAAGUACCUUUAGAUGACAUUGAACAAAUAUCUGUAGUUCAAACUCAAGAAUUAUCAAGUAGAACUCAUGAAGUAUCUAUUAAUGAAUCUCAACAAAUAUUGUCAUACAAUACUCAACAGUUGUCUUUAGACAAAGUCGAAACUGAAGUGAUCAUAAGUGAUGUAGAACGCGAAUCCAGAGAACAACACGUUCUUAAAUCAUUUUCAUCAGAAACUUUUACAUUUUUAAAUCCUAGUGUAUUUGACAAUCUAGAUGAAGAUGCAAAUACUUCAUUAAUCGUAACAGAAAUUGCAGAAAUAGUAACAGAAGGUGUAGUUAAUCCUCAAAUAACCGAUGACAAAAACCAAUCAACGAACAUAGUAGAAGAUAAUAGUCAAACUGCUAUCAUCACGAAAGAAGUUACUUUAGGUGAUAAAGAUACUGAGGUGCCUAAUAUUAUUAAUCCUAUUAUCAGUGAGACAGAAGAAAUGGAUAAAUUUGUUUCGGAGAAAAAUGAAAAAAACAUACAAAUAUCAAAUAAUCAAUUGGAAUCCGCUCAGGAUGUUAUAGUCCAUAUAUUACCACUUGAUGUUUCUAGUGAUAACACCCAAAAUAAAAUUUGGAUUAAAAAAGAUCUAAUAAAAAAAAAUGAAACAACUCCGCCUAAAGAAGCUUCAAGUGAAUUAAAUGCUAAGGAUGCAUUGAAGAAAAAUCAAUACGGUCGCGAAUUUUUGAUGUCACUGAAGAAUUCACCUCUCAGUCAAAUCAGGCCAGCUAAUUUACCUGAUAUGGAUGUUGUAAAAACCCGACCAAAACAAAAAAUUAGAGAUUCUACUCCCGUAAAUACACGAGCGUUUCCCGAGCCAUUAUUUAAACCACCUGAAUACUUUUUUCCUGGUUCUUCUAGAUCGUUUACUUCCAGAGUGGCAUUACCAUCAAGAAAAAGUAUGCCCGGAAAUAAAUCAAGGUCCACCGAACCUCAAAUAAUACAUGUAAAACUGUCGCGGAAUGAAGAUGUCGAAUUACAUACGGCUAAAAACGCAUGGAAACCAUCUGUAUCGAAAAAAAAUACACUCGUUUUAGAUGAAGAUGAAAAAACUCAAUUGCUUUAUAAAAAAGUUCGUAGUGUACUAAACAAAUUAACACCGGAGAAAUUUGAUAAACUUGUUGGGCAAGUAAGAGAAUUAGAAAUUGACACGCAGGAAAAAUUACAAGGUGUUAUUAAUUUAGUAUUUGAUAAAGCAAUUGAUGAACCAAAUUUCGCAAAAGCCUAUGUUAUGAUGUGCAGCGAACUAGCAUUAAUGAAAGUUGAUGCUUCCAAUGAAGAAAUUACAUCACAAGGCACUAAAACUAAAGAAGUAGAUUUCCGCAGAUUACUUAUUAUUCGCUGUCAAACAGAAUUUGAAAAAACUGCAGUUGAUGAAGCAACUAGGGAAGAAAAAGUUGAAGAAAUUGAAAAUUGUACAGAUGCUACUAAAAAAAAAGAGUUACAGUUGAGUCUUGAAGAAAGUGAUUAUCUGACAAGACGAAGAUCUGUUGGUAUUAAUAAAUUCAUUGGUGAGUUAUUUAAGAAAGAAAUGCUCACAAGAAAUAUAAUGCGCCAAUGCAUUCUUCAGCUCUUAAGAAUUCCGGACGAAGAAAAUUUAGAAUGUCUGUGUAAAUUGUUAACAACUAUUGGCCAAAUGUAUGAGGAAAGAACAAGUCUCUCAGAAUACUUUAAGAUUUUAGAAAAUUUAAUAACUCAACAAGAAAAAAAUAAAAUUAGUUCAAGAAUAAGAUUUAUGAUCCAAGAUGUUAUUGAUUUAAGGCGAAAUGGCUGGAGACCUCGUCGUAAUGACAGCAAUCCAAAAACAAUGGAUCAAAUUAAAAGAGACGUAGAAGAAGAACGUCUUAAUACAAAUAUGCUAUUAAAUACACCCAAAGAUAUACGCAGGAAUGACCGAAUUACACCACCAAGUUCAUAUCGUGGAGACGAUCGUUUUACACCCCAAGAAACAAAUCGUAGAGAUUAUUCUACUGAUAGAAGACGAAACCGAUCAAGCGUAAAACCUGACAGUGAGGGAUGGAGUCCAUCUAAAUAUAAAAAUAAAUCGCGUUUAUCAGUAGAAACUGCAAAACUAAUACAAAAACCUUCAACAGAUGAUCAAUUGCUGGGCAAUAGAAAUGUAUAUAAAUGGACACCAAGUACACCAUCAUAUCAUACUCCUACUGUAACUUCUAAUCCGUACAGCUUACUAGACACACCUAGUGUGUCUUUGGAUCACGAUAGAAGAUCUGCGUCUAUUACUGGGUCACGUUCAGCUGGCCCGAAAGAUUACCGAUCAAAUAUUAAUAGCAAUUCAUCAUGGGGAGGACGUAAUUCUCUAAACAAUCGUAAUCAAACAACUGGAAGUUCACUACGACGAGAAAGCUUAUCAUUAAAUAAAGUCUAUUCGCCGAGCAUACAAAAUCUUCCUAUAAACACAUUCCAACCAGACUUUAAAGUACCUAACAGUAUUUCAUCUUUACCACUUUCUCGAUCAAGUAGCACUAGUAGUGUUGCAAGUAACAAAUCUCGAUCUCGAAAAACUGAAGACGAAUUGGAAAAAGUAUUCAAAGAACUUUUGAAAAGAUGCAUUGAUGUAAAUAGUACCGAAGAAUUUAUUAUUGACUCACAAGAAACACUGAAUGAGAAUUUCGAUAAUUCUUCAUUUCCGUUUUUUAUUCAACGAACAAUUGACGCAGGAUUAGAACGCACGUCAAUAGUUCGUCAAAGAUACUCAUCUUUGCUGUCUUAUAUGAUUGAGAAAAAAAUGAUUACUCUUUCCCUGUUUCAAGCUGAAUAUGAAAAAUUCAUUGAAAUAGCUGAUGAAUUAGUAAUUGAUGUACCUCUAUGCUGGGAAUAUUUUGCAGAGAUGCUAUCAGAAAUGUUAAUAUCAGGCACUCAUCCGUUUACUGAGUUAAAGCAAACAUUAUCUGUACUAAAAAAUACAGGAAAUUGUGGUAAACUAUUAGGAGCAUUAUUAUCAAUGUUAGGCAAAAGUAAAGGAUUUGAAUGGGUGAUUGAUAAAUGGGAUAAAAGUGGAUUAAUAUGGUCCGAUUUGGUUGAUACACGAUUGGAAGCAAUUGAUGACAUUAUAAAAAAAUAUAAAUUGGAUUUAUUCAAUGACAGUUGCAAUAAUUGUCUAAACCUGGCCUCGGCAAAUGAAUUAAAUUUUAAUGAGAUUCUGAAUCAUUUAGAAAAACUCAUGCGCGAAAACAAAUUUGAUGAUGCUGUCAGCUGGAUCUCUUUAAACGUUGGUGAAAAAUCCAAACAAACACAAUUCAUACGAGGUCUAGCUACAAUUGUUUUAAAAAUUUCCAUUGAACCACAUGGCCAGUAUUGGAAACUCAACGAAGAAACAUUUAGUAAAUUAUUGCCUUAUAUAAGACGUUAUGUAGAUGCGGAUCCACUGUUAGAGCUUCACUGUUUAUACGCAAUACAAUUAUAUAUUGAUGAAUUAGAACAUCCGCAAGGCGUGCUAGCUCAUAUAAUUGAAAUAUUAGAUGCUGAAAGUAUUAUAGCUGAAGAGUCAUUUCUUAGUUGGCAAAAAAGUACAGAUCCUGCAGAAAUGCAAGGACAUGCAGUUGCUAUUACAACUCUUGCGUCAUUUUUCCGAUCUCUUUUACGUGACCCAAAUGAUGAUUUGGAAUAUUAAACUUUUCUUGUUCAUUUCUAUACUUUAUUAUUUAUAUUUAUUUAUUUUUAUCGUGUUUGUUGUUUGUAAAUUAUAUCUGUAAAAAAUACUGGUAAUUUAUAUUUAUGGAGAUAAAAAAAUUUAAUUUCGAUAACUUGUAAUAAAUACUUAGGUUCCAGUUAUAUGAUAUAUUAUAAAGAAUACAAAAAGUUAUAUAUUGUUGAAGAAUAAAUGUAUAUAUUUUUCUACGAUAAUGUAUAAAUUAAGUUUCAGUAUUUCUAUUACGAUGAAUGUUAUAGUAAUUUCAAAUUUUAUUUUUUUUUUGUACCAUUAAUAAUAACAUUUAAAAUGCUCACAUUAUUACUCAUA